CAGCGGGCAUCGGGUCACCAGGCAUGACAGCAGGCACUGGGUCAUCAGGUACCGGAUCGUCUGGAUCGACAGCGGGCACCGGGUCAUCAGGCAUUGGAUCGUCUGGCUCGACAGCGGGCAUCGGGUCAGCAGGCAUGACAGCGGGCACCGGGUCAUCAGGCAUGACAGCGGGCACUGGGUCAUCAGGCAUUGGAUCGUCUGGCUCGACAGCGGCAUCGGGUCACCAGGCAUCAGGUCAUUUGGCUCGAAAGCGGGCACCGCGUCAUCUGGCAAGGCAGUGGGCACCGGGUCAUCAGGCGUGAUAGGAUCAUCAGGCUGGAUCAGUUCAUCAGGCUGGGUACAGACAUCAGGCUGGGUAGGGACAUCAGGCUGAAGUGCGGGUGCCGAGGCACCAGGCUGAACCACGGAAGGCAGGUUCUCAGA